AUGAUGAACAAGUCUGCUUGUCUUCUCGUCGCCGCGAUGGCCGCCGUCGGCCUGGUUUCAGCCAUGGACGUUGACGCAGCUGGAACCAAGAACCUUCGUGCAUCUGUGGCCUCUGAUGCAUCUCAAGGAAGACGUCGUCUUGAUGAAGAUGGAGAUUUCGUCAUUGUGGAGACGAAUGGGUGCGAGCCAAACGUUGCCAGAGCCAAGGACUUCAUUGCUGCCGCGGGACAAGGCGAGCUGGGCAGUACCGAGUGCCUGGCAGACCCCGUCAAUGGGUGCCCUGGUGGUUGCUGCCGCAUAGGAUCGGCCUACUUUAUCUGUGAUUCAACAGGAAGUGAAUCAAGUUUUCUGCCUUGUGUCUGCAACAGCUUGACCGCACCACCUCCUAACCCGGUUCCUCCUCCUGUCAGUGCGGCUGCCGAAGCUCCCACGGCGGCUUUUGUCGGAGACAUCGUUGAUAUUGCAAUUGCUGAUAAUGACUUCAACACCUUGGUUGACUUGGUUGCUACUGCUGGACUUGUCGAUACUUUGAAAAGCCCUGGCCCAUUUACCGUUUUUGCCCCUCUUGACGCUGCCUUCCCGAGCGGAGUUGAGUUGGAAUCAUUCAAGAACAGCACUGAUCUGGACACACUCAUAUCCAUCUUGACAUACCACGUUGUGCCCGGUAGAGUCCCCGCUGCAGCUAUGUUUGAUGGGGCUACUCUAGAAACUGUGGAAGGCAGCGUUGUCACCAUUUCUUUGACCAACGGAACCAAAGUGAACGAUGCCAACAUUGUCAUGACGGACAUUGAGGCGGACAAUGGGAUUAUUCACGUCAUCGAUGCUGUGCUGAUUCCUCCACCUCCUCCCGAGCUAGAUAUUGUCCAGACUGCGAUUGCUGAUGGUGGCUUUACCACAUUGGUCGACUUGAUUGCAACUGCUGGACUGGUCGAAACACUCUCUGGGACCGGUCCAUUUACCGUGUUUGCCCCCAACGACGUCGCUUUCCCUCAAGGAGAAGAGUUGGUUAAAUUCAAAGAAGACACAGAUAUGGACACACUAGCCCAGAUUCUCACUUUUCACGUCGCCCCUGGGAUCAUUCGGUCCAGCGAUUUGAUGGAUGGUGCUGAAGUUACCACUCUCGAGGGGAGCACUGUCACUGUCAGUCUGGAUGACGACGGAGCCAUGAUCAACGGUGCCAAUGUGAUUGUCGCGGACAUUGGGACCUCCAAUGGAAUUAUCCAUGUGAUUGACUCAGUACUCAUGCCUUGA